CCAUGGCAUCCCACGGGCAAAACUCCAUGUCCAAGCAUCAACUGCACACACCUUGCGCUACUGUACAACCAACGCACGCAGCAGCAGCAGCAAGCAACAUAGUGAUCUUUCCCCUCCGGCGCCACAUAUAUACACAGCUUUAUUUUGCAAACCACCAGCUAGAGUGAGCUACGUAGAGUUAAGAUGAAGACCAAGGCCUCGACAUUCUUCAAGCAGAUGCUGUCCACCAUCGUCGCCGUCGUCAAGGCCAAGUCCACGGCGGUGCGCGCCAAGACCAGCACCUUCAAGACGCGCCUCCUCGUCCUCGGCAUACUCCGCAACAGGAAGCUCCUCGUCAGUGCCAUCAACCACAAGAUCCACGCCAUCAUGGGCCAGGACAACCACGCCCACAACGAGGAGGCCGCCCAAAAAGAAGACGGCCGCAACAAGGCCAUCGUGCUCUACACUUCACCGAGCUACGUGACGGAGCGCGACGUGGAGGCCGCCGAGGAAGAGGAGGAUAGCGACGACGAGUACCUGACGCACUCGCUGUUCCGCGAGGAAGACGAGGACGACGACGAGCUGGUGAACGCGCCGGGGUCGGUGAUUGACGUGGUGCGCGACGCCAAGGAGAAGGAGGGGGAGGGGGCUGAGUUCCGGCUGGAGGACGAGAUCGACCAUGUCGCCGACGUCUUCAUCCGCCGGAUCCACAAGCAGCUCAAGCUGCAGAAGCUCGAGUCGUUCAAGAGGUUCUGCGAGAUGAUGGAGAGGAGCGCUUGAUCCAACUCCAAUGAUUUCUUAUUCAUAAAUUAUAUGCAUGGCGCCAGCUCCAUCACUCCUUAACCCAAGAUUAUGUUUAACUUAAUUGGAGAGCUGCCAUGCAUGUAAGUAGAAGGAAAAAAAUGAAGCCCGGCAAGAAGAUGCUUAUCUUCUGCUAGGGUUUUAGUGGAGAUGCCUGUACUUUAAUCAUUACUCCUGUUCUUUUGUUCUUUAAUCUGGAGGAAGAUUGUAAAAG